AUGGAGACGCCACCUAUUGAAGACGAUACCUCAUCCAAUCGAACACUUCCCGUCGCCUUUACAGCCUGUUUAGGAACAAGCCUCAGAACACUUGGACCUCAUCAACCAAUGGAAUUCGAUCACGUGAUCUUAAACGAGGGCGGGGCAUAUGACCCGCGACAUGGAAUAUUUCGGGCACCUGCUGCUGGAAUUUAUCGAUUUGUUGUUACAUUUCUCAAUCAGCCUGGUCAUGAAAUCUUUGUAGAAAUUGUUAAAGAUGGAAAUCGGCUUGGUAUGGCAUAUAGUGAUGACGAUCAACACAGCGAAGGGACAGUGCAAGUGAAUGUUCAUUUACAGUCUGGUGAAGAUGUAUGGUGUCGCAAUGCAUUAUCCGCAAGAUCGAUGACCUUGCAUCCUGAUGGAGAAUAUUCGUGUUUUUCUGGAUUUCAAAUUUAA